AUGACUGAAAACGAUCCUGUUAAAAUAGCAAAAUGUUUUAUAGAUAGCAAUGAUGGUUUUGAAGUAUAUACCAAAUAUUGCACAAAUUAUCCGCAAGCCAUAGCUUUAUUAACAGAAUUACUCCAAUCUAUGGAUACUGCAAGUUUACUAAGGAAUACCCAAAGUUCUUUAGGUCAUAAUUUGCCUUUGGGAUCUUUUUUAUUAAAACCUGUGCAAAGGAUUAUGAAAUAUCACUUACUUUUGCAGAAUUUGUACAAACAUUAUGAAAAUAUUCACAUAGAAAAGGCUUCUAAACUUAUGACUGAUGUUGCACAUCACAUUGAUGAAGUUAAAAGGCAUUUAGAACAACAAUCACGAGUUCAAGAGUUAGAAGGUAGUUUAGACGGCUGGCUGGGACCAAGUCUGACUGUUUUGGGCGAAUUAUGUCUUGAAGGCACUUUGCAAGAAAGAAAUCACAAAAGUCGACAAGUAUUUUUAUUUGAAAAGAUGUUACUCAUCACUAAACGUAAAGAGGAUGGUAGAUUAGCAUACAAAAGUCAUAUCAUGUGUUCUAAUCUGAUGUUAGUAGAAGUAAUUCAAGGUGAACCGACAAGUUUUCAUGUGAUACCAUACGAUAAUCCAAGGAACCAAAUCACUUUACAAGUAUGUAUGAUGCACGUUCGGUACAACAAAAAGAAACAAUGGGGCCUACAAUUAAAACGCUUGAUGUUGGAACAAUUUAAUGGGAAGAUUCCCACAAGGGCAAAAGACUUGGUAUUGGGUAUCGAUGCUGAAGAAAGCUUGGUUGCUUUGCCCGGUGUCAAACCCGAUUCGACUCCUGAUUAUUUACAAAGAAGACACGAAAGACGCCGUACCGAAAUGUCUAUGCGUCGUUUGAACAAAAACAGAAAAUUUAUUAUACCGACGAACCUGAGCAACGAUCAACCUGUAGCAUCACCUGAGGGUAAACCUGGUGAGAAAAGGUACAGUAGUUGGUAUUUGGAAGAGGACGGAAGCAAAGAUUCUUCAAAUAUGGAUAAAAAGUGUUAUUCUAACGAAUACGUUAAUAUGGAUUAUGAGAGUAAAUUGAAACCUCAUACUGCACAGAAUCCGGAGGCUGCAAGGUGUAGAUCAGAACCAGGUAUACCGUCGGAAUUUUAUGAAACAACGAUUACGGAUUCUGUUCCUAGGAUUCCAGGCCGCCUAUAA